AGACCAGACCAGAAAUUUAGUUCCUCGUUUAUUCUGUAGGACGCAGUUCGUUCGUUUGAUUAAUAAACAAUUGUUAAAUUAACAAUUUUCUGUACAACCCAAUUCACAAUUGAUUCUGCUUCUUUCAGCCUAGUUCACACUUUAUUCUGUAGCUAUGUUCACUUACACUGGCGAGGUUCGCAACAAUAUCAAUAUCUGAAAUAAAAAAUAUCGAUACUGUAUCGCCCAUCCCUAGUUGGCGUACAGUCCGGUGCACCACGGUGCACAUUAGCAUUAGAAUAAUUUUUUGCAGUGUGAUCAAAGUGUCGUGAUUAAUUUUAUAACUUGUUUAAAACAGUUUCCCUAAAAAUGAUGCAAUUUAUGUUACUGUUCAGCCGCCAAGGAAAAUUACGUUUACAAAAAUGGUACGUGGCUCAUCCUGAUAAAUUAAAAAAGAAAAUUACACGAGAAUUAAUUACCACAAUAUUGGCCCGAAAACCUAAAAUGUCAAGUUUCUUAGAGUGGAAGGAUGUUAAAGUUGUCUAUAAAAGAUAUGCAAGUUUAUACUUUUGUUGUGCAAUAGAACAAAAUGAUAAUGAAUUAUUAACCUUAGAGAUCAUACAUCGUUAUGUUGAAUUACUAGACAAAUAUUUUGGAAGUGUAUGUGAAUUAGAUAUAAUUUUCAACUUUGAGAAAGCAUACUUCAUCUUAGAUGAGUUAUUGGUCGGUGGUGAAAUUCAAGAAACCAGCAAAAAAAACGUUUUAAAAGCCAUUGCAGCUCAGGAUUUACUACAGGAGGAGGAAACACCACAGGGAUUCUUUGAAGAUCAUGGUUUGGGAUAAUAUUUUCUAAACAAUCUAUCCGAUUUAAUAAUUCUAAUAGUGGUAAUAAUUUUAUAUAAUUAUGCUGAAGAUAUGUUAACAGCAAUUCUUUUAAAUAACUGCUUUUGUUGUUAUAUCAUCAACUUGUUUCUCCAUACGGUAAUUAUAUCAAUUAAAUGUAGAUAAUACGUUUAUAUAGUUAUGAAUGAAAUAUAAUGAAAGAAGAUUUAUAGAAACAUUUUUAAAUCAUUACAAUUUAAUAUUGUAGUUAUUAACUACACUGUUUCUGCUGCAACAUAUUAUACAUUUUUUUAAUUCGUUAUUGUAAAAGAAAUAUAUACAUGUUUAAUAAUGGGCCCUAUCUGUAUAUCUAUGUCGCAGAAAUUUUCGUUAAAUAAUUACGCAAAGUUCUCUUAUACAGAAGGACCCAUCCUGACACAUAAGUAUUUAUUUAUUUUGAAAAGUACGUUGAAUCAGAUUUAAAUCUGAAAAUUUCAAUUCCUAAUAUUAAUCGAUUUUCAAGGAUUAAUGAAAAUUGCCAGUACCGUUAAUAUUACACUAAUAAUAGAAAAAGCAUUGCAUUAUAAAAUUAAAUGAUGAGAUUUUUGAUAAUCCUUAUAAAAAUCAUCACGAUACAACGUACUUUUCUAGAUAAAUCGAUCUAUAUUGGAUAAUUGUAUCGAUUUCGAUCAAACAUCAUUCCAAGCCAUUUUUCAUGUUCCUCUUAACGCGUUCAGCCCGGAAGUGUAUUACUUUUUAACUCUUUCUGUAGCUUUUAAUGCAUUUCGGCCGACUUGGAUAGAUCUACUGAUCGAAAGGAAGCAUCGAGAUUUAAACCUGUUUUCCUAGGUUCGAACAUGUUAAAUUGUUGUCCUAGUUUAGAGUUUCACACCUGAUCGAUGGUAAUGGCUUAUCAGAACUUUGCCUGUUGAGAGUGGCAUCUUAUGAUGCCAUCAGGACUGGUCGAGUUCGACCAGUUUGGCAUCUUAUGAUGUCAGCAGGGCUGAACGCGUUAAUCUGUGCUAACGAGGUAUUUUUCAGGAUCGUUCUUUUCCGUAACGAACGAAAUCGAUAUUACAUGCAAGAUUCAUAGGCAGACAAGUUAGUAUCGUUAGUAUAGCCUAGUAAAUACCGAACGGUGAUAUUUUACGAGUCGUUUCGUGGAAACAAGCGAUCGUGUAAUAUCUCUGUCGAACAGUUUGGAAAGUUUGCAUAAGGACAAUAAGUUUUAAGCGUUACUCGUUGAAUGUUCGUUCGGUGUUCAUGGAUAUUGAUAUAAGCCAACACGAGGGCACGUGUUAUACAUAUCUGAAAUUUAUACACUAGCUGUCCUUAUUCUUCUCCGUUAAUUUCAACCGCUUUCCACGGAGGUGUGACGCAGAGAGCCUCAGAUGUGGCCCACCCUAAAUGCAAUGAAAUUUGACGGGUUGAUAGUUCAUAUAUCUAUAAACGUAAUUAUAAUUUCAGUAAGAGUUGAAUAGCCAAUUUUGAGGACAUUUGAAAAUUGCUGAAAUUGAUUCAUUUGAUAAUGAUUGCAGCCUUCUUUUACAAUUUUGGGUGUACCGAUUGAUUUAUGUAAUUAAGAACCAAAUUUGAAAUCUGACCUAAUUAAACAAUUCUUUUCCAAAAUUGCCUUGAUACUCGAGGCGGUACUUAUUGUAGAUAACAAGCCUAUCAACCUACCAGAUUUUAUUAAAACGGAUAAGAACUACAUCUGAAACAUCCUCUGUAAGUCUAAUGCGUCAUGACGCACGUGUUCAUAAAUAAAACUUCAUUUAUUUGAAUUUUGAUUAAAUGAAAUUUUAGUGAAUGCCUGAUUAAUUGAAUGUACUAGGAACUACAUAUAUAUUAUUAUAAUUUUUAAAUUUUGAUUAUACACCUGAAUACUCGUAAACUGUAGAACAAAGUAUUAAAUUAUUGCAGAUUAAGUGAUUGAUUUCUGACAUGAUUUUAUAACAUAAAAGUAUCAUGAAAUAGUACUUAUGCUAUAUCAUUUUGAAGCUUAAAACUUUAUAAAAAUGCCUAUAUAACUGUUUCAUUAAAAUUCUUAAUAUAAAAUGAAAGGGUUAUUGACUAGAGCAAACAAUGCAUCAAAGUGAAGUUAUAAAAUUCAAUCAGGAUAUAUUGUGUCGAAGAAUAUAAUAUAAAUUCUAAUAAAACUUUACAGAAAUUUGAAUAUUUUGUAAAAUAAUCUGUCAUUUCAUCUGCAAUAAAUUAGUAGAAAAAUUUCAUACUUAAACCCUUAUUGUAAUGCGAACUCUUUGGGUGGUAAUUUAAUUUUAAAAACCAUAACAAAAUACUCCCACUUUUUUAAAUAUCUUAAUGAUUAUAAUUUUCUUUAAUUUUUAGAAAAUUUUAUUGUUUCACAAUUUUGUAACUUUUAUUUUUAGGAGUACGUAUUUGAAUACGUACUUAGGAAUACCUACAUAUGUAUUCGUAAAUGGACAAAUUGUAAAUUUUUUGAAUAAUAUUUUAUUUUAUAGUUUGUCUGGUUAAAAGUACCCAAGGAGUUAAUUGAACAAAAAAUCAUUCAUAUAAUAAAUUAUUUUUAUCCGAACAUUCCAAUUUUUAAAUUAUAUUGUCUAUCAACAUAUUCAAAUAAAUGUAGUUUUAUUCUAGUUUAUUUUUAUUUUGCUUUCAAUCAUGUCAUUUUAUAAUUUUUCAAAGUUUUUUUUUUUUGAGGAAAGAGGAUCUUUAACCAGAAUUUCCUCGUUAAGAUAUUUAUUGUGAAAUUGCUAGGCAAUAUGGAAUUUUAUUGUAGAUUAAACUCAUGCAAAACUGAAUGUUCAGGAACAUGAGGAGAAAAUAAAUUUCAAUGAUUUCUUGAAAAUCAAGCACAUAUUGUCUGGAUUUGUAGCAUGUUAAUGGUGGCAAACGAUUUAACCAAAUUAAGUAUAAAUAGUUUUAAGUAAAACGACGAAUGGCUAUGUUUAGUUAGAGUCAAAUCUUGUAUUUUCGUUUAAGCAUUUAGUACACUAUGGUGCAGCUAAAAUUUUUGCAUUAUUUUCUGUAUUAUACGUACUUUUGUACGUGAAUGAACUAUGUACUUACACAGGAGGGUUGAACAAAAUAAGGAAAACACAAAAUAAUUAUGACUGUCUGAGUUAGGCAUAUUCAUGAGUAAUGAAUAAUUUUUCAUUCGAAGGUUAUUCGAAUAAAAUUUCAUUCAUAAUUUUAUUAAAAAUUAUUAAACAUACAAAUUGUUGCAAUGUCCCAUUUAAUUUCUUUGUAUUAUGAAUCUAGUAUUGAUAUUAUUUUAAUCUUUUUCCUUUAUCGAAUUAAUCAAUAGUACCAAUUGUUAUUAACAAUAAACUCGUACCAGUGUUUUUCUUGAAAAAUAGUUUUAUGAGAUCAUUUUAUAGAUAAAGAUGGCUGUCUUCAGAAUUGAUCAUCAUAAUUAUAUUUAGUUUUCUUUAAAUUAUUUAGUAUUUUCAUUAUUUUGUACAUCCUCUGUACAAAUUUUUAUUAAUUUUAACAGUUUAUACUCGAUAACAGCGAACUGCGCAGUUUGUUUCAUAUAAUCAAAUCAAAAUUAGCGAUUAAGUGUUCGAAUUUAUUAGAACAUCAGGUAUACAGGAUUAAUAAAUCAAACAAGAGAAUUUAGGAUGAUAGGAACCAAUGUUAAACAUAUGAACGUGUAUUUACGAUAAGUAUGUAUAUGAAUAUUGUAUUUGAAAAGACGAUGCUUUGUGCUCCGUCCAUAAUAAAGUAUGUGAUGUCAAAAA